CAAGGGCCGGUCGUAGCCGUUCUGCCCGCACACAGCGGUCACAGAGCGUCGGCAGUCAGACAGUCGGGCGGAUGAUGUGUGUAUGCCCAGUUGGGCGUCGAGAGUGGUCACUGCCCACGUCAGUUGAUAGUCGGUUAGUGUCCCGCACACGCCGGCAUUUCCUAAUGCACGCUAGAGCGUUCAACCGCACGCCAGUCAACCUCAGGCAGUGCCCGACAGCACGCCCGAGCGUCAUGUGCUGUCAGGGUCGCCUGGCACCGCCCGAGCGUUACCAGUUCACGUCAGCCAGCGCUAGUUCACCCGUCCUAGUGCCCAGUCGCCUGCCCGCGGUGCCAGAUGUGCCCGGCAGUGCCCACUCGCGCAAGUGUCGGCGCCCACAGCGCUCGACAGCGCUAGUCGUUAUGUCAUGCGUCCAAUUGACUGUCGGUUGUGCCCAGCAAGCACUCGAAGGCCCUGUCAAGUGCAUGCGUCGCGCCAGUCGCACGCCAGUGCCCGGGGUCAUGUCCAGUUGGCCCAGGUUAACGCCUGAAGUGCCCAAUGAGGUUCAGUUCAUGCUGGCUAUGCCCAGUGGCACGCCAACGCACACGGACGCCCAUGCCC